CAUAAUGCAACACACUUUGAAAGAUGGUCACCGACUUCAUACAAAUUAUCUGCUCGAACGCGCCCCUAGACUUUAUGAAUUGUCUACUAUAAAUUAUAGUUUAUGUUCCCAUGGCUUAACCCUCAUAUCAGCUCCAUCCAGUAGUUACCAGAUGCAUCAAUGCCUUUAUCCUGACAUAUUAGGUGUAUAAUUGUAAGAGCUAAUUCAAAUUACAUUUAGCAAGUCGAUUAAUGCAAAUUAUUCAUUCAGGCAUUCAUUUACAAAGAGAGUUAUCAGUGUCUUUUUCCACAUGGUUAAAACCACACACUAAUACCAGAUUUUAUAUAAACAGAUACUUAACAUAUACUGGAAUUCAGAGGUAAUUUCACAUUGAGUGUACAAUCAUAUACCAUUAUGCAUGCACUGUUUCUACUGUAAAUGCUACAAACUAGAUUAGAACAUUUGUAAUACUACUGAUGUGAGGGAUCAUAUUGGAGGGGAAAUACUACAUUAAAGGUACAAUCCAUUGUUCGCUUUUUAUUGCCAGACUCUGCGGUUGUUUAAAGGGGAGGUAAAACCGCCAGUCUCCUUGUGAAGGACCCUUUGUGAUCUCGUGCCACUGACAAAAGAGUAUCUUUGCUCGUGCUUAAUCUAAAGAAUUCACCAGGUGUGAUGACUUUCCUCACGGUGCGAUAUAAUCUGAUGCAUGCACAUCCCAACGCCGAAUAAAUGUAAUAUUCUGUUGUAAAACAAAAAUUAAAAAUGAAUGUAUUUUUCGUCAGGCUAUCUUCAAAGGCAACCGAUUUACUCCAAAUGCAUUCUGGUACCGUCCCUUCUCUUGUAUCGCGAGACCCGAAGCUAAAGCAAAACCGGUAAGGAUAAACUGGUGAGAGCAAUUAAAGGGGAAAUGUUAUAGGAAUAUAACGCCGCUUCAGCCCUAUAAAUGCAAAGGGGGGUACUUAAAAUAUAUUUAAGGCAGCAUAUGAUGACAAACUGUGUGCAAGUUGCAUGUAUGGCGCUAUUUUAUUGUUAGAAAGUCUGUUGUUGUACGUCAUGCAUGGCGCUGGACACGAAGGGGUUAAUUUUUUCCACCGCCGACAUUUUUAUGCACUGCGCCUCCCGCUUACUUCGAAACAUAAAAUGCUCCUUAUUGUUCAGGUUUCGAUUACAGUACUAUUUUAUACGCUUUUUAACUCUUGUAUGAGGCCCAAUCAGUCAUACAAACGAUGUCCCACUUGAUUGAUAGCACAUAAGUUAGCUAGCUAACUCAUUGAUUAGCAAACGUUAGCUCUCAGGCAGGCUUCAAUUCGGUGGGCUAGCUCUCGGGCAGGCUUCAAUGCGGUGGGCUUUUCCUGUCUUGCAGCUGCAAGACAGGAAAAGCCCACCGAACUAUUGAUAACAUAAUGUUUUAAUGUCCGUAGAGAGUUAAUAUUUACAACUUUUGACUGCUGAAGUUGAAAGUUGGCUGCAAAUUGCAUGAUUUAACUGGAGCUGGCGCACACUAGCCCAACUUCACAUCCUCCUCGCACUGUUUCAGGAGCCUCCAAAACGCCCCUGUUAAACUGUUUCAAACUAGACCCCGAGCGCAACAAUUUAGCCAGCCAUGAUGAAAUACAGGGUCGAUCACACAGGGAAAGUUUGCUCCUAGUCCGAGAACAAGCCUGUUGCUGGGAUUUUCUUUCAUAUAAUGUAUUAUAUUUCUGUUCUAUUUUUCAAUCAAAUUACAUGAGUUAGGUCUGAUUCUAUGUCCAUGCAGGUGUUUGUAAACAGUGAUGUAGUGCUAUUUUUUUUUAGGGGAGGGAGCGAAAAAAAUAACAUUAAAAGAUGUCAUAAUUUCUCAAUCAAAGUUUGUACCAACAGAUGUAGCCUAUAUAUCAUUGUAGAAUAGGCCUCUGCAUAAAAUACAUUAUCCAAUUGCAACGUCUUCCUAUGCCCACACAUAUUGUCAGAAUAACAUUUUCUAUUUUGAACACCCUUAAACACCAAGUUAGGCAUACCUCAUUUCAAAAUAGGCCAUCAUCACUGUCAAUCUUGAAUGAUAAUUCUUCACGUUUUACCAGUGAAAUCUCCAAACUGCAUGCCAAUCAUUUGAUCUCAAUAAAGUUAAUGGGAAUUUACAUUUACGUCAUUUAGCAGACGCUCUUAUCCAGAGCGACUUACAAGUUGGUGCAUUCACCCUAUAGCCAGUGGGAUAACCACUUUACAAUUUUUUAUUAUUAUUAUUUUUUUAGGGGGGGCGAAGAAGGAUUACUUUAUCCUAUCCCAGGUAUUCCUUAAAGAGGUGGGGUUUCAAAUGUCUCCGGAAGGUGGUGAGUGACUCCGCUGUCCUGGCGUCGUGAGGGAGCUUGUUCCACCAUUGGGGUGCCAGAGCAGCGAACAGUUUUGACUGGGCUGAGCGGGAACUAUGCUUCCGCAGAGGAAGGGGAGCCAGCAGGCCAGAGGUGGAUGAACGCAAUGCCCUCGUUUGGGUGUAGGGUCUGAUCAGAGCCUGAAGGUACGGAGGUGCCGUUCCCCUCACAGCUCCAUAGGCAAGCACCAUGGUCUUGUAACAGAUGCGAGCUUCAACUGGAAGCCAGUGGAGUGUGCGGAGGAGCGGGGUGACGUGAGAGAACUUGGGAAGGUUGAACACCAGACGGGCUGCGGCAUUCUGGAUGAGUUGUAGGGGUUUAAUGGCACAGGCAGGGAGCCCAGCCAACAGCGAGUUGCAGUAAUCCAGACGGGAGAUGACAAGUGCCUGGAUUAGGACCUGUGCCGCUUCCUGUGUAAGGCAGGGUCGUACUCUCCGAAUGUUGUAGAGCAUGAACCUGCAGGAUCGGGUCACCGCCUUGAUGUUAGCGGAGAACGACAGGGUGUUGUCCAGGGUCACGCCAAGGCUCUUCGCACUCUGGGAGGAGGACACAACGGAGUUGUCAACCGUGAUGGCGAGAUCAUGGAACGGGCAUAUGUAUUUAGAUCUUCUUAAGCGAAUUAAAGCAGAUGGUGUUAAACUAUUAGCCUUUCUUGUAGGCCUAUUUUGUUUCAAUCAAAACAUAGGACUAUAUCCUGCCUAGUUUCGGCCACAUGAGGGAAAAAAUGACUAUUCAGCUUCAGAUAAGAAAUGACUGAGGAGGUGUUUUUGGUGUAACAUAUUAUAGGCCUACCAUGCUACAGUAUAUAGACCCUACUAUUAUAUUCAGUUCUGUUAUGUAACAUACUAAUUAAUCAUUGUGAUCUUGCGAGACAUUGAUUCAGCUUUGAUUACUAAACAAGCACCAUUGUGAGAAGUGAUAAUCUUCUAUUUGUAAUAAUAAUAAGUGAUGAGUAGGACUAUUAAGCAUAGGCAACAUGUCUUGAUGAGGGUUAUUUUAAGCGAUUUGAGGGCCCUUCGAAUCGUGGUGGUGAAAGGACAGCACCUUAACCGAGUGGUCACAUAUCGUUCUGGGUUCCAUUGCGCAAGAGGGGUACGUGGAGUUUUAUGAACAUCAAGGCAGACACGGUGAAUUAGGUUCCCAGAUCGUAUUAGUUUGAUGAUUCAUGCAGUGGAUCCGUUUGUCUGCAUAUGUAAUAGAGGUGGUACGUUUCUGUAAGCUAAGCACUCGGACAGUAGGGCGAGUUCAAGUGCGUCGUACAUGAUCCCUAAGUCCAUAACAAACUGUUUUGAGGACAGUUUUAGCAACUGGUAGAGUUUUCUGUCAGUGGCUUUUCUUGUUACGUCGGAUUUGGCCCGCACAAAGUGGUCAAGCCUCCUACUGACAGGCCUCUGCACACACACCUACAUUUAUUCAUCAUUCGCGCCACCGCCAGAGAGAGGGAAGACCGGGGAGAAACCACCAUUUACCUACCUAUAGGCUGCUAUAGCCUACAUAGGUAUUUACUUUGUCAUUCUAUCAUUUUCAUGGAAUUUGAGUGGUAAAUAAGUAUAAUUUAUCAGAAUACAUUUCCAGAAAUAUUUUCACCAACUUUGUGUUCUCAAAUUGCUGCUCUGCCGCUGCUCCCCAUGCAGCACUACAUCCCUGGUAGGCAGCUCACUAGAACAAUCAAAUACGAUUUAGCAAUCCUAUCAUUGGAACAAUCUGUCUGGAUGGAUUUAUCCUACUUUAAACAUCUCUGACAGUUCUAAGAAGUUAACUUUUUCCCUCAGAUGUAUUUUGAGUGAUUCAUUAAUGAUUGAGUCUAGAUAGGAUUUUGCAACAAAUUCAAGCCAUUAAUCAACUGAUUCAGCCACUGAAAGAUACAUAAAUGCACAGAUAGUUUUAGUUAUAUUAGGUAUUUGCAAGUUCUCACUUUGGACAUUUUGGAGUAAUAACCUAAUCUCCAUUAAUAGCACUUUGACGUAGUCAAUCAUUCUUCAACACAAACGAGGAUACGUUUUAACCAAAUGUCAGCACCCACUAUGCCUCUACCUUUUCAGUUUAGAACUGAAUCUUUAAUGUUUUACACCCUCUCUCCUUCACUCAUCCCUCAGUCCUUCUCUGUUCUGUCAUCCUUAGUCACUGUAUCCUGAUCCUAGAUGCUGAUUGGUUGAACAGAGAAGAGGUGUAGUCAGUGGUGAAUGUCCAGCGUUACUCCAGCCAUGUUACUCAUCCCUCUCUCCUCUAUUCCCAGGUUAUUGACUGAGGUCCCAAAGUGUUUCCAGCCAUGUCUGUCAGAGAGUCGUUUAACCCAGAGAGCUACGAGCUAGACAAGAGCUUCAGACUCACACGCUUCACUGAGCUCAAAGGAACGGGCUGCAAGGUGGGUUUUUCUACACCCCUGGUGCUGUAAACAGAGAGUUAUUAGGAUACAUCUAAGACUGGCUACUGGUAUAAUGGCAAUAAAUAGAAUGUUAAUGUCCACUCAGUCUUUGCUGCUUCCGAAUAUUACUUGCUGUAUCACUAGCUUCAAUAUGAAAUCAUGUUUGGGAGCAAUGAGCAGACAUUUACUUUAUGUUCAUAACUAUACAAUGUAAAGUGCGAUGAAUGUGCUUGUUAUUCCCUAGGUGCCCCAGGAUGUGCUACAGAAGCUUCUAGAAGCCCUGCAGGAGAACCACUAUCAGGAGGAUGAACAGUUCCUCGGGGCAGUCAUGCCCAGACUUGGUAUGAACAAACACGCACACUUAACUCACAUCCAUUCUUUGGAUAACUUUUACAGUUUAAUAAUAACUCUGUUCUAUGCAGGCAUUGGUAUGGACACCUGUGUCAUCCCCCUCCGACACGGGGGCCUUUCUCUCGUCCAGACGACAGACUACAUCUACCCCAUAGUGGAUGACCCCUACAUGAUGGUGUGUUCUCAUUCUGUACCCCUCUUUGUGUUACUGUUUUCAGGUAUACCUCACAUGCUUUAGGUCCUGUGAAUACCAUAUACAGUGCAUUCGGAAAGUAUUCAGACCCCUUGACUUGUUGGAUUGGGAGCGUCGCUGCACAGCUAUUUUCAGGUCUCCAGAGAUGUUCGAUCGGGUUCAAGUCCGGGCUCUUGCUGGGCCACUCAAGGACAUUGAGACUUGUCCCGAAGCCACUCCUGCGUUGUCUUGGCUGUGUGCUUAGGGUCGUUAUCCUGUUGGAAGGUGAACCUAUGCCCCAGUCUGAGGUCACGAGCGCUCUGGAGCAGGAUUUCAUCAAGGAUCUCUCUGUACUUUGCUCCAUUAAUAUUUCCCUCGAUCCUGACUAGUCUCCCAGUCCCUGCCGUUGAAAAACAUCCCCACAGCAUGAUGCUGCCACCACCAUGCUUCAGCGUAGGGAUGGUGCCAGGUUUCCUCCAGACGUGAUGCUUGGCAUUCAGGCCAAAGAGUUCAAUCUUGGGCUGUCAUGUGCCUUUUACUGAGUGGCUUCCGUCUGGCCAAUCUACCAUAAAGGCCUGAUUGGUGGAGUACUGCAGAGAUGGUUGUCCUUCUGGAAGGUUCUCCCAUCUCCACAGAGGACCUCUGGAGCUCUGUCAGAGUGACCAUCGGGUUCUUGGUCACCUCCCUGACCAAGGCCCUUCUCCCCCUAUUGCUCAGUUUGGCCGUGCGGCCAGCUCAAGGAAGAGUCUUGGUGGUUCUAAACUUCUUCCAUUUAAGAAUGAGAGGCCACUGUGUUCUUGGGGACCUUCAAUGCUGCAGAAAUUUUUUGGUACCCUUUCCCAGAUCUGUGCCUCGACACAAUCCUGUCUCUGAGCUCUACAGACAAUUCCUUCAUCCUCAUGGCUUGGUUUUUGGUCUGACAUGCACUGUCAACUGUGGGACCUUAUAUAGACAGGUGUGUGCGCCUUUCCAAGUCAUGUCCAAUCAAUUGAAUUUACCACAGGUGGACUCCAAUCAAGUUGUAGAAACAUCUCAAGGAUGAUCAAUGGAAACAGGAUGCACCUGAGCUCAAUUUCGAGUCUCAUAGCAAAGGGUUUGAAUACUUAUGUAAAUAAGGCAUUUCUGUUUUUUAUUAUUAAUACAUUUGCAAAGAUUUCUAAAAAACAGUUUUUCCUUUGUCAUUAUGGGGUAGUGUGUGUAGAUUGAUGAGGAUUUGUAUUUAUUUAAUCCAUUUUAGAAUAAGGCUGUAACAUAACAAGAUGUGGAAAAAGUCAAGGGGUCUGAAUACUUUCCGAACGCACUGUAGAUUGUGUAGUUACGGAGAACUUUGGACAGGCGUCUUUCACUUUGAGCAGAGUAUGUGUUAUCUUCAUUCAUACACUAUAUAUACAAAAGUAUGUGGCACCCCUUCAAAUUAGUGAAUUCGGCUAUUUCAGCCACACCGUUGCUGACAGGUGUAUAAAAUCAAACACACAGCCAUGCAAUCUCCAUAGACAAACAUUGACAGUAGAAUGGCCUUACUGAAGAGCUCAGUGACUUUCAACGUGGCACUGUCAUAGGAUGCAACCUUUCCAACAAGUCAGUUCAUCAAAUUUCUGCCCAGCUAGAGCUGCCCUGGUCAACUGUAAGUGCUGUUAUUGUGAAGUGGAAACGUCUAGGAGCAACAACGGCUCAGCCGCGAAGUGGUAGGCCACACAAGCUCACAGAAUGGGACUGCCGAGUGCUGAAGCGCGUAAAAUUUGUCUGUCCUCGGUUGCAACACUCACGAGUUCCAAACUGCCUCUGGAAGCAACCUCAGCACAAGAACUGUUCGUCGGGAGCUUCAUGAAAUGGGUUUCCAAGGCCGAGCAGCCUAAGGUCACCAUGCGAAAUGCCAAGCGUUGGCUGGAGUGGUGUAAAUCUCGCUACCAUUGGGCUCUGGAGCAGUGGAAACGCGUUCUGUAGCGGGAUGAAUCACGCUUCACCAUCUGGCAGUCCGACAGACAAAUCUGGGUUUGGUGGAUGCCAGGAGAACGCUACCCGCCCGAAUGCAUAGUGCCAACUGUAAAGUUUGAUGGAGGAAUAAUGGUCUGGGGCUGUUUUUCAUGGUUCGGGCUAGGCCCCUUUAGUUCCAGUAAAAGGAAAUCUUAACGCUACAGCAUACAAUGACAUUCUAGACGAUUCUGUGCUUCCAACUUUGUGGCAACAGUUUGGGGAAGGCCCUUUCCUGUUUCAGCAUGACAAUGCCCCCGUGCACAAAUCGAGGUCCAUACAGAAAUGGUUUGUCGAGAUCGGUGUGGAAGAACUUGACUGGCCUGCACAGAGCCCUGACCUCAACCCCAUCAAACACCUUUGGGAUGAAUUGGAAUGCCGACCGCGAGCCAGGCAUAAUCGCCCAACAUCAGUGCCCGACCUCACUGAUGCUCGUGGCUGAAUGGAAGCAAGUCCCUGCAGCGAUGUUCCAACAUCUAGUGGAAAUCCUUCCCAGAAGAGUGGAGGCUGUUAUAGCCGCAAAGGGGGGACCAACUGCAUAUUAAUGCCCAUGAUUUUGGAAUGAGACGUUCGACGAGCAGGUGUCCACAUACUUUUGGUCAUGUAGUGUAUCUAUAUCAUGUCAAUAAUGUCUUCUUGAUAACUGUCUGAAGGGGCGAAUUGCGUGUGCCAACGUUCUAAGUGACCUGUACGCCAUGGGAGUGACAGAAUGUGACAACAUGCUGAUGCUACUGGGGAUCAGUAACAAACUUUCAGAAAAGGUAAAUGGCAUGGACACAUACACACCACCAAUGGGUAGCACCCAGCCACUAAAUUGUCCCUCCCCUUUCUCUAUGCCCCUGUCAGGAGCGGGACAAGGUGAUGCCUCUGAUCAUCCAGGGGUUCAAAGACGCGUCGGAGGAAGCAGGCACGUCUGUGACGGGGGGACAGACGGUGCUUAACCCCUGGGUGGUCAUGGGGGGUGUGGCCACCACAGUCUGUCAACCCAAUGAGUUCAUCAUGUAAGAAUGCUCUCCACAUAGACAGCUACCCUUCUGUCGAUCUCUUGCCCCCUCUCUCUCGCUCUCUCCUCUCUCUCUCUCUCUUGUUCUCUGUUUAAGCCUCUGAACUAUUGCUAGUUUGUUCAUGUGAGCUGUAUUUUGUGUUGUGAUAGUAAUGAUAUGGGGUUCCCGAGUGGUGCAGCGGUCUAAGGCACUGCAUCUCAGUGCUUGAGGUGUCACUACAGACCCCCUGGUUCGAUUCCAGGCUGUAUCACAACCGGCCGUGAUUGGGUGUCCCAUAGGGCGGUGCACAAUUGGCCCAGCGUCGUCCGGGUUUGGCCGGUGUAGGCUGUCAUUGUAAAUAAGAAUUUGUUCUUAACUGACUUGCCUAGUUAAAUAAAGGUUAAAUAAUAAAAAAUAAAUACAUGUGUGUAUAUAUAUAUCAGAAGUGAUCAUGGUGAUGUGUUCUCUGCUAUCCCACAGGCCAGAUAACGCAGUGCCAGGAGAUGUGUUGGUUCUCACCAAACCUCUGGGGACUCAGGUGGCUGUGGCUGUACACCAGUGGCUGGACAUCGUAAGUAUCAACACACAAACCACCUUUCAUUUCAUUUAAUAGGUUAUAUUGUAACUUCGACACUAAAAUGUCAACAAACAAGGUGUCUGUAUUUGUCCAAAAAUAACAACCUGUACAGUCAAAGCUUUAUCGGUUGUUUUCAUUCAUUCAAGGUGGUCUAAAGUAAUAUAUACUGUGUGUGUGUGUGUAUAUAUAUAUAUAUAUAUAUAUAUCGGAAGUUUACAUACACUUAGGUUGGAGUCAUUAAAACUUGUUUUUCAACCACAGUUUUGGCAAGUCGGUUAGGACAUCUACUUUGUGCAUGACAAGUACUUUUUCCAACAAUUGUUUACAGACAGAUUAUUUCACUUAUAAUCCAAUGUAUCACAAUUCCAGUGGGUCAGAAAUUUACAUAAACUAAGUUGACUCUGCCUUUAAACAGCUUGGAAAAUUCCAGAAAAUGACGUCAUGGCUUUAGAAGCUUCUGAUAGGCUAAUUGACAUCAUUUGAGUCAAUUGGAGGUGUACCUGUGGAUAUAUUUCAAGGCCUACCUUCAAACUCAGUGCCUCUUUGCUUGAUAUCAUGGGAAAAUCUAAAGAAAUCAGCCAAGACCUCAGAAAAGAAUUGUAGACCUCCACAAGUCUGGUUCAUCCUUGGGAGCAAUUUCCAAAACGCCUGAAGGUACCAGGUUCAUCUGUACAAACAAUAGUACGCAAGUAUAAACACCAUGGGACCACGCAGCCGUCAUACCGCUCAGGAAGGAGACGCAUUCUGUCUCCUAGAGAUUAACGUACUUUGGUGCGAAAAGUGCAAAUCAAUCCCAGAACAACAGCACAAGGACCUUGUGAGUUAAAGUGGUUGUCCCACUAGCUAUCAUAAGGUGAAUGCACCAAUUUGUAAGUCGCUCUGGAUAAGAGCGUCUGCUAAAUGACGUAAAUGUAAGAUGCUGGAGGCAACGGGUACAAAAGUAUCUUUAUCCACAGUAAAACAAGUCCUAUAUCGACAUAACAUGAAAGGCCGCUCAGCAAGGAAGAAGCUACUGCUCCAAAACCGCCAUAAAAAAAGCCAGACCACGGUUUGUAACUGCACAUGGGGACAAAGAUCGUACUUUUUGGAGAAAUGUCCUCUGGUCUGAUGAAACAAAAAUAUAACUGUUUGGCCAUAAUGACCAUCGUUAUGUUUGGAGGAAAAAGGGGAAGGCUUGCAAGCCAAAGAACACCAUCCCAACCGUGAAGCACGGGGGUAGCAGCAUCAUGCUGUGGGGGUGCUUUGCUGCAGGAGGGACUGGUGCACUUCACAAAAUAGAUGGCAUCAUGAGGAUGGAAAAUUAUGUGGAUAUAUUGAAGCAACAUCUCAAGACAUCAGUCAGGAAGUUAAAGCUUGGUCGCAAAUGGGUCUUCCAAAUGGACAAUGACCCCAAGCAUACUUCCAAAGUUGUGGCAAAAUGGCUUAAGGACAACAAAGUCAAGGUAUUGGAGUGGCCAUCACAAAGCCCUGACCUCAAUCCUAUAGGAAAUGUGUGGGCAGAACUGAAAAAGCGUGCACGAGCAAGGAGGCCUACAAACCUGACUCAGUUACACCAGCUCUGUCAGGAGGAAUGGGCUAAGAUUCACCCAACUUAUUGUGGGAAGCUUGUAGAAGGCUACCCGAAACGUUUGACCCAAGUUAAACAAUUUAAAGGCAAUGCUACCAAAUACCAAUUGAGUGUAUGUAAACUUCUGACCAACUGGGAAUGUUAUGAAAUAAAUAAAAGCUGAAAUAAAUCAUUCUCUCUACUAUUAUUCUGACAUUUCAAAUUCUUAAAAUAAAGUGGUGAUCCUAACUGACCUAAGACAGGGAAUUGUUACUAGGAUUAAAUGUCAGGAAUUGUGAAAGCUAAAUACAUUUAAACUCAGGUUAAGGUGUAUGUAAACUUCCAACUUCAUCUGUAUAUAUGUGUGUGCUUGUGUCAAUGUAUGUAUGUAUGUAUGUGUGUGUAUAUAUAUAUAUAUAUAUAUAUAUAUGUAUGUGUGUAUAUAUACAGUGGGGAGAACAAGUAUUUGAUACACUGCCAAUUUUGCAGGUUUUCCUACUUACAAAGCAUGUAGAGGUCUGUAAUUUUUAUCAUAGGAACACUUCAACUGUGAGAGACGGAAUCUAAAACAAAAAUCCAGAAAAUCACAUUGUAUGAUUUUUAAGUAAUUAAUUUUCAUUUUAUUGCAUGACAUAAGUAUUUGAUACAUCAGAAAAGCAGAACUUAAUAUUUGGUACAGAAACCUUUGUUUGCAAUUACAGAGAUCAUACGUUUCCUGUAGGUCUUGACCAGGUUUGCAUACACUGCAGCAGGGAUUUUGGCCCACUCCUCCAUACAGACCUUCUCCAGAUCCUUCAGGUUUCGGGGCUGUUGCUCGGCAAUAUGGACUUUCAGCUCCCUCCAAAGAUUUUCUAUUGGGUUCAGGUCUGGAGACUGGCUAGGCCACUCCAGGACCUUGAGAUGCUUCUUACGGAGCCACUCCUUAGUUGCCCUGGCUGUGUGUUUCGGGUCGUUGUCAUGCUGGAAGACCCAGCCACGACCCAUCUUCAAUGCUCUUACUGAGGGAAGGAGGUUGUUGGCCAAGAUCUCGCGAUACAUGGCCCCAUCCAUCCUCCCCUCAAUACGGUGCAGUCGUCCUGUCCCCUUUGCAGAAAAGCAUCCCCAAAGAAUGAUGUUUCCACCUCCAUGCUUCACGGUUGGGAUGGUGUUCUUGGGGUUGUACUCAUCCUUCUUCUUCCUCCAAACCAUGGCGAGUGGAGUUUAGACCAAAAAGCUCUAUUUUUGUCUCAUCAGACCACAUGACCUUCUCCCAUUCCUCCUCUGGAUCAUCCAGAUGGUCAUUGGCAAACUUCAGACGGGCCUGGACAUGCGCUGGCUUGAGUAGGGGGACCUUUUGUGCGCUGCAUGAUUUUAAUCCAUGACGGCGUAGUGUGUUACUAAUGGUUUCUUUGAGACUGUGGUCCCAGCUCUCUUCAGGUCAUUGACCAGGUCCUGCCGUGUAGUUCUGGGCUGAUCCCUCACCUUCCUCAUGAUCAUUGACGCCCCACGAGGUGAGAUCUUGCAUGGAGCCCCAGACCGAGGGUGAUUGACCGUCAUCUUGAACUUCUUCCAUUUUCUAAUAAUUGUGCCAACAGUUGUUGCCUUCUCACCAAGCUGCUUGCCUAUUGUCCUGUAGCCCAUCCCAGCCUUGUGCAGGUCUACAAUUUUAUCCCUGAUGUCCUUACACAGCUCUCUGGUCUUGGCCAUUGUGGAGAGGUUGGAGUCUGUUUGAUUGAGUGUGUAGACAGGUGUCUUUUAUACAGGUAAUGAGUUCAAACAGGUACAGUUAAUACAGGUAAUGAGUGGAGAACAGGAGGGCAUCUUACAGAAAAACUAACAGGUCUGUGAGAGACGGAAUUCUUACUGGUUGGUAGGUGAUCAAAUACUUAUGUCAUGCAAUAAAAUGCAAAUUAAUUACUUAAAAAUCAUAAAAUGUGAUUUUCUGGAUUUUAGUUUUAGAUUCCGUCUCUCACAGUUAAUGUGUACCUAUGAUAAAAAUGACAGACCUCUACAUGCUUUGUAAGUAGGAAAACCUGCAAAAUCGGCAGUGUAUCAAAUACUUAUUCUCCCCACUGUAUAUGUAUGUGUGUAUAUAUAUAUGUAUGUGUGUGUAUAUAUAUAUAUGUGUAUACAUGAGCACAUCUGAAGCAAUAUGUGUGUAUCUCUCUGUUCAGCCUGACAAGUGGAAUAAGAUCAAGCUAGUGGUGACUCAGGAGGAUGUAGAGCUGGCCUAUCAGGAAGCCAUGAUGAACAUGGCCCGGCUCAACAGGACAGGUACACAGCCACACAGACACGUGUGUAAAAUACUGAGGCUGGACUUCUCCUAAUUAAGGACAAUGAAGCGUGAUUUAUACUGUCCAUUUGAUACGAUUAGUUGGCUUUAAUUUGUCUUACACACACACACACAGCCCGACUCGACAGAACAAGUACCUGUCCUCAAGUUGUUCUCCCUCCCUUCUUUCUCUUCUCCUCUCCUGUCUUCUACCAUUGUUUGGACCAAUGUGAUUUAAAUAUUUAUGUAGUUGUUUUUCUCUCUCCAGCGGCGGGUCUGAUGCACACCUUCAACGCCCACGCCGCCACUGACAUCACUGGCUUCGGGAUCCUGGGCCACGCCCAGACAUUGGCACGGCAACAGCGUAGCGAGGUGUCGUUCGUCAUCCACAACCUCCCCGUGCUCGCCAAGAUGGCAGCUGUGUCCAAGGCCUGCGGGAACAUGUUUGGACUCAUGCACGGAACCUGCCCUGAGACAUCAGGUGUGUGUGUGUGUCUGGUCGUGCAUGUGUUUUUGUCGGUCUGUCUUGCUUCUCUUUCACCUCUUUCACACACAUAUUCAUCACCCACCUCUCUAUCUCUACCUGUAGGGGGUUUGUUGAUCUGUCUUCCCAGGGAGCAGGCAGCUCGUUUCUGCGCUGAGAUCAAAUCUCCUAAAUACGGUGAGGGCCACCAGGCCUGGAUCAUCGGCAUCGUGGAGAAGGGCAACCGCACCGCCCGCAUCAUCGAUAAACCACGAAUCAUCGAGGUAGCUCCUCAGCUCUCCACACAGAAUGUCAACCCCACACCUGGCGCAACCUCAUAAUACCCCCCCCCCCCCCGCAACGCAGACCAGAACCACAAGCUCGGCCGAGUUUUUUUUUUCUUCUCGCAUAUUCUAGAAAACUAGAGUGUGUCAAAUGUAUACACGUACAC